GCUGCCUUCCCGUUUCACAUCUUCGGAGCGGCUGAGCGCAGCGUGGCUCCCCGGCUGCUCAGCGUGUAAGCUCCCUGAAAUCAUACGGUCAGAUUAUUUUCAUUACAGCCGCGAAAGGCACUCGCAAUAUUCCGCGAUGGCGCAGCCAGCAGCGGAGAGCGCCGAGGCGACCUGAGCGCAUUUUUGGACACGUUUCCCCGAGUGCGUCUUCUCCUCAGUCCACCUGCUUGCGCUCGUGCCGGGAUGUCGCGAUGCUGUGCUCAAGGAGAACUAAAACUUUGGUGUCAACGUGCGUGAUCCUCAGCGGUAUGACCAACAUCGUGUGUCUGCUGUACGUCGGCUGGAUCACCAACUAUGUGGCCAACAGCGGUCCGAAAGUUGCGGAAAGCGGCGGCGACGCGGACAGAAAGUUAGAGGAGGACGCCAAGGGGGAGACGCUGAGGAUUAUCGAGAGGCUGGACCGGCUGGAGAGCGUGGUGAACGAACACAUCAAAGAAACGCCUCAGAAGGACGGUGAAGAUGCAGCAUCAUCAUCGGACACUGCCUCAGACCCCGCCUCCUCACUGUUCAACCACUGGGGUCACGACCUCGGGCCAGAAAGUCGAAGGGUUGCGCUUAAGAAGUUCCGUUACUAUGGUUACAACGGCUACCUGAGUGACCGUAUAUCCCUCACCAGGCCGAUUCCUGAUUUACGGCCAGAUGGAUGCAGAAACAUCUCCUACUCAUCAGACCUUCCUCAGCUCAGCGUCAUCUUCAUCUUUGUCAACGAGGCCCUGUCGGUGUUGCUGCGCUCGGUCCACACCGUCAUCCAGAGGACACCGCCCCACCUGCUCAAAGAGGUCAUCCUGGUGGACGACCACAGCAGCAGCUUGGAGCUGAAGGAGCACCUGCAGAGCUUUGUGGAUGAGACAAACACUCAGCACGGCCCGGGAUUCAUCAAGCUGGUCCGGCACGAUAAACAAGAAGGCCUGAUCCGCUCCAGAGUCAGCGGAUGGAGGGCAGCGUCUGCUCCGGUGGUCGCUCUGUUUGAUGCACAUGUGGAGUUCAACACCGGGUGGGCAGAACCCAUCCUUGGGCGGAUCAAAGAGGACCGGACCCGCGUGGUUUCUCCCUCAUUUGACAACAUCAAGUACGACACGUUUGAGAUCGAGGAGUAUCCUCUUUCUGCUCAGGGCUUCGACUGGGAGCUCUGGUGCCGAUACCUCAACCCACCCAAGUCCUGGUGGACGCUACGCAACCACACAGCCCCAAUCAGGAGCCCUGCUCUGAUUGGCUGCUUCGUGGUCGACAGGAAAUACUUUGAGGAGAUUGGAUUGCUGGAUGAGGGCAUGGAAAUUUACGGCGGAGAAAACGUUGAACUUGGCAUCCGGGUGUGGCAAUGCGGCGGCAGCGUGGAGGUCCUGCCUUGCUCCAGAAUCGCCCACAUCGAGCGCGCCCACAAGCCCUACACGAAGAACCUGACGGCCCACGUCCGCCGAAACGCCCUGAGGGUGGCCGAGGUUUGGAUGGACAGCUACAAAAGUCACGUCUACAUGGCCUGGAACGUCCCUCUGCAGAACUCAGGAAUCGACAUCGGGGACGUUUCUGAGAGGAAGGCCCUGCGGUCCAGACUUAAGUGUCAACCGUUCAGCUGGUUCCUCUCCCAGAUCUACCCAGAGCUGCGAUCCUACAGCGACACUGUGGCUUACGGAGUGUUGAAGAACAGCCUGAGGAACGACCUGUGUCUGGAUCAGGGACCUGACACGGACAACGUGCCCAUCAUGUACCUCUGUCACGGGAUGACACCUCAGCAGAACGUGUAUUUCACCAGCUCCCAGCAGCUUCACCUGGGCGUUCUGAGCCCAACCAUCGAUGAUGACGACAACAAGUGUCUGGUGGACGUGAACAGCAGACCCAGACUGCUGGAGUGCAGCUACGCUGCCACCAAACACAUGAAGCUCACCUGGACGUUUGCUCAGGGUGGAGCCAUCCAGAACAUGGAGUCUCAGCGCUGUCUGGAGCUGGUGGAGAGCCGACAGUCGGAGUUCACGUUCCAGCUGGCCAUUCAGGACUGCACUGGUCAGAAAUGGACCAUCACAAACAUUUUGACUGUCCUGCCACAGUGACCCCUGAGUGAUGAGUCAUGAUGCACAUUUUUAAAAUAGCAUUUCAGUCCAGAUUGAACUGGGCUUUACCUGCAAAAACAGCUUCAGUGCUGCACCAGUGUUUAAGUCAAAGCUGCACUGGAAAACCAGUAACCCCCGGCAACCAUCUUACUGCAAUGACCCGACGCUCACAGAUGGAGCACCCACUCUUAAAUCUUCCCACCCUGCAAUCAGAAGGAGGAAAAUGAGGUUUGUGUUGGGAGGGGAAGUCUCAUGAAGUCUGGUCCUGCGAUGUCUUUUGGGUUCCCUGUGUGCUUUUUAAGAUGCUGCACCAUCCCCAUAACAGAUGGGGCCAUAUAAAGGGCGGCGUUCCAGAGAACCAGGCAUUACAAGCAAAGCAGCUCGUUUGUUGCACAAAAAUUACAAAACAAAAAAGCCCAAAUUGUUUUCAUUAUCGGAUCUUGUUUGUUUUAAGAGUAAAGGCGGCAUAGGCGCUGUGCGUUUCCCUCAUCUAUCACCAGGCGGCGAUGAAGUGUAAUGGAGAGAAACCGUGGGAUGCUUUAAACUCGCGCCGUAAUGGAAACUCCGCCCUGAAGUUUCAGAGUGUGCUUCGGAGCUUAAUGGAUCUGAAGCAAAGCCGUUGAUCAUUUAAGCAGGUGCCAUCAUAUAUGUUCACACGGAGACAAAAUGGGAGAUACCUCAGAGAAAAAAAGGUUUAAAUGUACUCCGGCCUCGUUGAGAGUUCCAUCUACUAAAACCAAACCUGGAAAGUUGCCUUUUAGAUCUUUGAAUUUUCAUUUUGCUUUUUCAUUUUUAGCCCCAAAACUAAGAAUCAGUCCUUUAGGAAGUCUGAUAGGAGUCAGAGUCACGGGUUUGAGAAGAAGUCCGGGUCGUGUUUCCUGUAGCUUCUGCAGAGGAAAUUCCUCACACUGAGAAAGAAAUCCGGAAAGGGCUGCGUAUUAUUUCUGCUGCACGUUCGGGUGGAGCUGGAGCUACUCUGAUCCUUUAUGAGCAAAACAAACCCAGACUAGUGUAAACAUAACCAUGAAAGCAAAAUUAACCCACGGACGUUUGGAUAUUCUGGGUUUUUAUUACUCAUUUACCUGAUUUUCACAUGAAUUUAACAGAACAUGGAUCUAAGAGAUGAAUAAAGAAUGACGAAAACAAAACAUUAAAGUAAUGAAACAACUUUAAAAUAUCAGUUUUAAAACAAUUUAUAACGUGAAUAUAAUAAAAAAAAUAAAAAGGUCAGGUGAAAAACA